GGCAAAAAUUCAUUUUUUUAUUCUUAUUCUUCUUAUUAUUCUUAGUAUUAUUGUUAUUAUUAUUAUCAUUAUUGUUGUUGUUAUUGUUAUCAUUAUGUGGGGAUGCCUGUUUUGCACUGUGCAUGCCACUGCUGUGGACAUCUUCAAACUUUUCCCCCCCACACUGGCUGCAGUUUCCCCCUCUGCGCACACGCGCGUUGUGACGGAAGCCAUUACUCAUAAGUCCCCGUCCAUCAUCGUGAAAUGACGGUGACAAUCCUUGGGCAAACAUUAAGCAAUGGCCUAAUAAUUACAGGCUUUAUAGAUGAUCAUUUGUCACCGUCUUUUUUCCUCAUGGUACUUAAAAGCGCCGCUGACGCACAGCUGUGUCAGGGACGAGGGGCCACUUUAACUUUCAGCAUUUUGUCGUUGGCAUCAAACGCUCCGGGGAUUGGUUCUUAUUUUCUCCGUCUCUGCAGCAUCGACUCACACUCGCUCACUAUGUUGGAGAUUUAAAGUUAGAUCGAGCUUUUUACAACUGGAGCAACUUUUAGGACUUGACUAUUUCAUAAACCUGCUGUUUUAGAUCCGACAUUCGUCUCCUGAUAACAUGGGCGAAGGGUCCUUCCGCCUUCCAUUAACUUCCAGACCAGUGUUGCCACUUUUUAUUCUGCUGGCUUCAUGUAUCUGCGUGUUGAACUGUUCACAAAGUCCAGCUGCAGCUAUCGUUGGAAAAAUCUACCCACGAGGCAAUCACUGGGCAGUAGGUCAUUUAAUGGGAAAGAAGAGCCUGUCUGAGCUGCAGGAAAUGAACCGUGACAGUGACUACCUCACACCCUCCGACACAGAGCUGGGUCAAUAUGAGCCACUGAUGAAGGCUCUGAUGCAACAAAGGAACCAAAAGCAGAAGCCACAACCUGCAGACAGGCUGAUGCACCUGGACAGCAGCUGGAGAAAAGAGAACAAAUAUCUCAAAGAGGUGUCAGACCUCCUCCUUCUGGCUCUGAGACUGCGAGGCAAUGACUCCACUUGAAGGCAAGAUGGAUCAUGUUUGAAGAAACAUCUAAUCCACUAAACCCUUGCCCUGUAAUCCAUACUGAAACGUGUUUUUUUCUGUUGUAAGAAAAUGAAGUUUAUUUAAUCAUUCAUUUCAACUUUCUGAUUAUGACAAUCAUGUUGGAUUGCUGACUGGCCUGUAUAAAUGUAAUGUGUGUGAUAUCUGCACUGGCAUUGCUUCAUGAUAAUUUUACACUCACUCUACCAGUGCAGUAACUGGCUUGUACCACCAGAUGGCACAAAAUAUACAUUUUUGGAAGAAGUAGGGGUUUACUUGAUCACCGAUUCAAGGGAAUACAAAUCACUAGAACAUUUGAAUAGAUUUUUCUGUCCAGAAUAAAGAAACACACUUUAAAGACAGUAGGAUAGAUGACGAGAAGGACUUCUGUCAGACCCUCACAGGUUACACACAAUAUCAAAUAUAAUAAUUGGAAUGAUUUGGCUCCACACAUCUUUCUUUUAGGCCGAAUGACAGUCUUCUGUCAUAUUCGGUGAUACACUUUCACCCCCCAUAAUUAUCUGCCUAAUACCAAGAGUGAAUGAAUAUGAAAUUAGUGGCCUGAUAGUUGAUGCCAUUUCUUUAUAACACACCCUUUGUGUUCAGUAAUGCUGCCUUAAUUCAAAUAUAUGUACAACUGCAGAAAAGCCUUUGAAAGCCUGCAGCCAAACCCCCCCCCCCCAGACAAACUUCUCCACAUAUUCACUCUUGUCAAAAGGCUUUUUUCCCUACAAUUUUUUUUUAAUGUUAUUUACCUUAUUCUCAUCUGUUGAGUUUGUACAUAUUCCGUCUUAUACAUAUAGUGCAAUUAAUGAUGUCCACAAAUCACUCCAGGUCAUAAGUGCCACUCUUUUAUAUACUUACUAGUGAGUCAUAAUCAUUAAAAGACUUUACUGACAAA